CAUAAACUUAAACUGACUCUUUGACGUGCUUUCCCACAAGUUCCUUUCAUAUUGUCAACCUUUGUCCCCAACGCUGACCACAGCGACGACGACGACGAGAAACGACGAGAAAGAACAGCGGUGACGAUGACGGCGCUCAUCUCGACGCCUGUCCCGCAGUACAUAGCUUCUGUACAACCAAAAUCCAGAACCAGAGCACGCGAUCAGAGCAUGUCGCCAAUUUCCCCAAGCUGCCGCGCAGCUCAUUAUCAAACUCCCCCAAAGUUUAAUGCUCAUAGGGUGUCAUCUGAACAUCUUUCACCAAUGUUGACCCCGUCUCCCCUUAGACGACGGCCAUUGUUUUCCGAACGGCGAGCUUCAGAUGAACCCGAUCAGGAGCACGACGACAGCGAUAUCUUCUUACAAUCUCCAUUCAAAUCUCCCCCUCCAGUGCACCGUCUAUACACCCACCACAUCUCCCAUCUCAAACCUACCAAACCAAUCAUGUUAGACGAUGACGAAGCAACGCUUUUCCUAUCCUCUUCCACCGCAGCACCUUCCGCUUUCUUUCAUCCCACGUCAAAUCAACCGCUGCGUACGCCAAUUAAAGAUUCUCAUCGUACCAUACUAGCUGCCAAGCAGCUCAAUACGCAGCCAGCGCACCGCGUGGGUGUUGGCACUAAACGCAAAUCGGCGCAAUCCGGCGGUGGCGACUUCUCCACACCUUUGCGCCCCGUCCCAUCUACCACGUGCACUCCUCUAAAUAUCUCUGCUCCAAAGCCCGAUGCUUCUUCUGGUAUCGCUUUCCACCGCCUUGCGCCUCUGCCAGCACCUCGCUUUACUCCCCAGCCCAAGAGUAAGGCUGAAACGGACGCUUUUGUCAAGAAACAGGCAGAGACUAUGAAGCGACUACGUAUCCGUGAUCCUAAUGACUCGGAUGAGGAUUGGGGUCUUGUAGAAGACUGUGAUUCCGAUGAAGACGGCGUACACAGGCUACCUGCGCUUCGCAAAUCCAAAUCCCGAUCUAUUAGUCCAAAGAAAUCUCUCCUUAUUAAUGCUGCACUAGUGCCACAGAAAGGUAGCGCAAAGGACGAGGUCACUGAAGCUAUCUCUCCAGGGGGGCACAUUAUCAAGCGUCGGGCACGUUCCCGGCCCGUCUCCCUUGAGUUACUCGAGAGUGUGAAUCACACACCAUCACCCAAGGCUGAAGGUUCCAGUAAGAAGCCACCCUCUGUUCCGGUAGCAUUCCCUUCUUCAUCUCGCGAUCGCAAUCGGCCCACUUCCUUUGUUGGCUCGCCUUCUCCCGUACCACGCAGACGAGUCACAGGUUCCAGUGGCCCAAAUCCAUUCCUCUUCAACCCCCCCUCCCGUCCAAGUUUCCAGUCUCAGCCUCGCGCCCGUCCCUUCACCCGCCUCGCAUCCAACAGCUCAGCUACCCUCUUCUUCGGGCCCUCCAUCCCUCAAUCAGCGCAGUGCCCACGCACGCGGACUAAUUCCUCCGUCGCCGCUUCCCUCGAUCUGCGCGUGCAGUCCCAUCUGAUCACGUCCAAUCGACAUAGCUAUGCCGGUCCAGAUUCGGUCGGUUUCUCAGCUGCCCCGAUGCCAUGGACAAUGCGGUCGGGUUUGGACACGCCCUCACCGCAAUCUUCGCCCCUGAACGACGGUCCAGGCACGGUCUACUCGGACGAUGAGGACAUGUUAUUCGAAGGACCAACCGAAACGUCAUUCGUGUUUAGCAUCACGGAGGGUACGCCUUCUCCACGGUCACACAAAGGCAAGGAAGGACUGUUACCCUCCAACACAAGUUCGAGCUCUAUAUACUCUGAUAAUGAUAAUGUCGAUGAUCUCGUUACGCCUGGAAUCGUGCCUGGUGCACAUUCCGGCUGGCCAAGGAUAUCAGGUGUUGAUGACGCGCAUCUGCAUUCAUUCAAUCAAUCCCAUCCAUACCAAUAUUUCCAUCAUGACGAUGACGUUGAUGCGUUCAUCCUGCGUACCCUAGAGGCAUGCGGGAAGCCUUCGGCAGCCGAGAAGAAACCACCGGGUACGCCUGUGAAGAAGCUCAAGAGCCAUUUGGGCCUUGACGGUGGGCGGCCGUGGCAGAGUGCUGUUGCGUCAAAGAUUGGGUUCUCAUUCGAUGGUGCAGAGGGGGCGAAUGGGAAUGGGAAGAAGCCGCGGAAGAGCUUGCCUGCUGCAUUUCCACUUCCGCUUGGGAAAGGUAAUGCUGGGGCAAGCAAGAGUGGCGGAUCGGACACCGAGGAGGACGAGGAGACUAUGAGCCCGAGUUCGAGGAAACAAUACAAAGGCCUCGGGCUUGGACGUCCUGCUGGGAGAUGGCUUAUGCGCCGAAGUAGCAGUGGGGCAUUUUCCAGUGGGGAAAGUGCAGGUGGGACGCCGACACGGAGGAAUAUUCAUCUCAAAGACUGGCCAAUGCCCGCAGCGCGCACUUUGACUGUGGACGCCACUGGUUCACGCUCGAGCUCGAAUAGCUCUGCGAUCUCAUUGAACUCGCCGACGAUCGCGCGGCAUUUACCCUCGAAAUCGACCGCCACUCAUUCGCACUCGCCGCUUGGACCACGGACACGGAAGAUGUCUACCGUGGAGCAUGUGAGAAACGUCUCGGAUGCGGGUCGAUUCGAGAAGGAGUUUGUUGAGAUCGAGCAGGUGGGGAGUGGCGAGUUUGGCAAGGUCAUGAAAGUGCGCGCUAAGAAUGGGCGUGAGGAUACGGUGUGGGCUGUCAAACGAUCUAAGCCAUUUGAAGGUCCCCGGCAUCGGCUGCGACUGCGAGAAGAAGUGGACAUCUUGGCACAUCUGUCGGCGCGGGGUGCUCACCCGAACGUACUGACAUAUGUGGACAGUUGGGAGCAGGAUGACGCGCUUUUCAUAAGGACUGAGCUCUGCGAGCUUGGUAAUUUUGCGAGAUUCCUGUGGGAGUAUGGGCGGGCGUUCCCGCGCCUGGACGAGGCGCGGGUGUGGAAGAUCAUGGUGGACUUGAGUAAUGGUCUGCGUUUCGUCCACGAAGCAGGGAUCAUCCAUCUAGACCUUAAGCCGGCGAACAUCUUCCUCACGCGGGAAGGGCGGUUUAAGAUCGGAGAUUUUGGGAUGGCGUCGGUGUGGCCUCGUCCUGGGGGCGCAUUCGAGCGCGAGGGGGACAAGGUGUACCUCGCGCGGGAAGUUCUACAGGGCACGUACGGCAAAGCUGCCGAUGUCUUCAGUCUUGGGAUGACGAUGCUAGAAACGGCGACGAAUAUUGUCGUGCCUGAUCAGGGAGAUGGGUGGCAUAGACUAAGACAGGAGGAUUUCAGCCAGAUGGAUCUGGAUGGGAGUCCAGAGCUGUUUGAGUUGAUUAAGAGCAUGAUGCGAACUGAUCCUGCUAGGCGAGCGGAUGUGCAGGCUGUUUGCGCGCAUGCUGUUGUGAAGCGAGCGCGCGGCGCUAUGGAGCGCAUGUACGAGGAAGCGAAACGGGAAGGUACUUCGGUGUUCGCCGCAUCACCACUUGCAAGCGUUUCCAAUACGUUUUUGGAGGAGAUCCUUGGUCGUUCGACUUCGAUGGGCGACUGCGACGCUAUGGACCUCAGCCCAUGAAAAAAAACGAUGACGGAUCGACAAAAUGUGAAUUUUUGGUUGUAUGUUUCUUGGGACAUUGUUUGCCAGUAUAACAUAUUACCUCGCGAUCUUGCUUAGGGCGCCACUUUGACCCGACACUCACCACGAUAUCUAUGACCCUCUCACGUCCUGCAUCCAUAUUGAUAUACUACGCACAUGACAUUCUAGGCCUCGGUAGUAGAUAAGUUUUAAGAUUGUGAAGGAUUUGUUUCUGCAUAAAUAGGGAUAGUAACCCAUACAUAUUAUUAGUAGGCUUUGGCUAUGUGUUUUGGUAAUAUGCGCAAUAUGAUAGUUUGUGUACCGAGGUUGUACCGAAGUUGAUCUACCUCGUGUUCGGAAUUGACGGGGAUCAGACUUGAGAAAAGAUUGACCGGG